AUGGUUCAAUUGACCAUCUCUGCUGCCUCUAAGCCUCCAGCUUUGGCUAGAGGCCUACCUCUCACAAUUGACGUCGCCCCUGAAGCCACUGUUCUGGACGUGAAACGCGCGAUUGUGGCCAAAUAUCCAAAGUUCACCCCUUCGCGCCAACGUAUCACCGUCAAAGGUGAUAGGAAAGGCCUUUUUGACGAGAUCAAGCUUGCGGAUGUUCUUUCUGGUAAAGAUGGAUGGGAGGUGGAGCUGAAGGAUCUUGGGGCCCAGAUUAGCUGGCAGACGGUAUUCCUUGUCGAAUACCUCGGCCCGAUGCUGAUUCACCCUGUGUUCUACCAUUUCCCUCGAUUGUGGUAUGGUGUUGACGUGGAGCAUAGUGCUCUUCAAAGAUAUAUCUAUGCAUUUGUCAUGCUUCAUUUCGCUAAAAGAGAGCUUGAGACCCUCUAUGUUCAUCGUUUCUCAAAUGAUACUAUGCCUUGGUUUAACAUUUUCAAAAAUUCGACACAUUACUGGAUCCUGAGCGGUGUCAUUUUUGCCGCUGAUAUCUACCGACCCGCCUUCUCGGCCACCUCUCCCUACAUUGUCAACACAAUCAGGGAUAAUGAGCAUUUCCUCUGGAUCGGCGCUGGACUAUGGGCUUUUGCUGAACUGUCCAAUCUCCAUACUCACUUGACCGUCAGCGCUUUGCGCCCACCUGGCACCCGCAAGAGGGGCAUUCCUUACGGCUACGGAUUUAACCUCGUCUCCUUCCCCAACUAUUUCUUCGAAACUCUCGGAUGGGUUGUUAUCACCGGAAUGUCCGGAAGUAUCGGCGUGGCUUUCUUCACUGUUGUAUCGUUCUACACCAUGGCCAUCUGGGCUAUCAAAAAGCACAAAAACUACAAGAAAGAAUUCGGUAAAGAAUACCCCAGGAACCGAAAGGCUAUUAUUCCUUUCAUUCUGUAG